AAACGGAAGUUGAGAUCAACGUCUGGAACUUUCCUCCAGGUUAUAAAUACAACCCGUACCUCUACACCGGCAGAUUUGGUGCUGCGUGAGUUUAGUUCGAUUGAGUGUGACUUGUAACCAAACUUUUCUUCGCCGGUCUUUCUGUAAUUUAAUCAAAAUGCCAGAAGACGUAGACAUGAAGCAAGAGGAGGAGGUUGAGACCUUUGCUUUCCAGGCUGAGAUAGCCCAGUUGAUGUCCCUGAUCAUCAACACCUUCUACUCCAACAAGGAAAUAUUCUUGAGGGAAUUGAUCUCAAAUUCAUCAGAUGCAUUGGAUAAGAUCCGCUAUGAGUCUCUUACUGAUCCAUCGAAACUGGAAUCUGGAAAGGAGCUCUACAUCAAGAUUGUACCUAACAAGAAUGAUCGUACACUCACCAUCAUUGAUACAGGAAUUGGCAUGACCAAAGCGGAUCUAGUCAACAAUCUUGGAACCAUUGCAAAGUCUGGUACCAAAGCUUUCAUGGAGGCUCUUCAGGCUGGAGCAGAUAUAUCCAUGAUUGGUCAGUUUGGUGUAGGUUUCUACUCUGCUUAUUUAGUUGCUGAUAGAGUAACUGUUACAUCCAAGCACAAUGAUGAUGAACAGUACCUGUGGGAAUCCUCGGCUGGAGGCUCCUUCACCGUUCGUCCUGAUCCUGGAGAACCACUGGGUCGUGGAACCAAAAUCAUUCUCCAUAUCAAAGAAGACCAGGCAGAAUUUCUGGAAGAAAGAAAGAUCAAGGAGAUUGUCAAGAAACAUUCUCAAUUCAUUGGCUAUCCUAUCAAGCUUGUAGUGGAGAAGGAGCGUGAUAAGGAACUCAGUGAUGAAGAAGUUGAGGAAGAUAAGAAAGAAGGUGAAGGAGACAAAGAGGAAGAUGAGAACAAGCCUAAGGUGGAGGAUGUAGGUGAAGAUGAGGAUGAAGACAAAGAAAAAUCUAACAAGAAGAAAAAGAAGACUGUCAAAGAGAAGUACACUGAAGAUGAAGAAUUAAACAAAACAAAGCCAAUUUGGACUCGAAAUCCUGAUGACAUCAGCCAAGAAGAAUAUGGUGAAUUCUACAAAUCUCUGACCAAUGACUGGGAGGACCACCUUGCUGUGAAACAUUUCUCUGUUGAAGGCCAACUUGAGUUCAGAGCUCUCCUUUUCAUUCCUCGCCGUGCUCCCUUUGAUCUCUUUGAGAAUAAGAAGAGGAAGAACAACAUCAAAUUGUAUGUCCGAAGAGUGUUCAUCAUGGAUAAUUGUGAAGACUUGAUCCCUGAAUAUCUCAACUUUAUCAAGGGUGUUGUAGAUUCUGAAGAUUUGCCACUGAACAUCUCUCGUGAGAUGCUCCAACAAAACAAAAUUCUCAAAGUAAUCCGAAAGAAUCUUGUGAAGAAAUGUUUGGAACUGUUUGAUGAACUGGCAGAAGACAAGGAAAACUAUAAGAAGUUCUAUGAGCAGUUUAGCAAGAAUCUGAAGUUGGGAAUACAUGAAGAUAGCCAAAACCGCAAGAAACUAUCAGACCUAUUGAGAUACCACACUUCAGCAUCUGGUGAUGAGGCUUGUUCUUUGAAGGACUACGUGACUCGCAUGAAAGAUACCCAGAAGCACAUUUACUACAUUACUGGAGAAAGCAAAGAUCAAGUUUCCAACUCCUCAUUUGUUGAAAGAGUAAAGAAACGAGGUUUUGAGGUUGUAUAUAUGACUGAGCCUAUUGAUGAGUAUGUAGUACAACAGAUGAAGGAAUACGAUGGCAAGCAGUUGGUGUCUGUGACUAAAGAAGGUUUGGAGUUGCCUGAGGAUGAAGAGGAGAAAAAGAAGAGAGAAGAAGAUAAGGCCAAAUAUGAAAACUUGUGCAAGGUUAUGAAGGACAUAUUAGAUAAGAAGGUAGAGAAAGUAGUUGUUAGUAAUAGGUUAGUUGAGUCUCCCUGUUGUAUUGUUACUUCCCAAUAUGGAUGGACUGCAAAUAUGGAGAGAAUUAUGAAGGCUCAAGCCCUUCGAGACACUUCAACUAUGGGUUAUAUGGCUGCUAAGAAACAUCUAGAAAUAAAUCCAGACCACCCAGUAAUGGAUACUCUAAGACAAAAAGCAGAUGCAGACAAGAACGACAAGGCUGUAAAGGAUUUGGUUAUGCUGUUGUUCGAGACUGCUCUACUGUCAUCAGGAUUUGCUCUUGAAGAUCCCCAGAUUCAUGCUGCCCGAAUCUAUAGAAUGAUCAAGCUUGGAUUAGGAAUUGAUGAAGAUGACCCACUGCCACAAGAGGAUGAAAAGGUUGAUGCUGAAAUGCCCCCAUUGGAAGGUGAUGGAGAAGAAGUGUCAAGGAUGGAAGAAGUUGAUUAAGGAGUUUUCACUGAAAGACUGUUAAAUAAGUUGUAAACUUUGUACAGUUGUCUAGUUUAAGGAUUUACUUUACUGUUUUUAUAUUUAAUUUCGCAUUUGCUUUGAAACUUUACAUUUUGAUGUAAAAAAUAAACGAUUGUUCCUCAUUUUUGUACAUUUUAAUUUAAGAAUUAAAUGUUGAAUUUGAUAGUAAA